UGCUGUUCAGAACACCGAAGGACCGAUGAAAUAGUUUCCUGCCUUCGCUGCUCGAUGCUCUCAGACAGAUGUAUAUUCGUAGAGCAGUAGGAUAGGAAGAGUAAAGUCCAAACAAGAAGAAGGGCAGGAGAGGUUGACAUAUCAUCGCUGAUGGAAGGAGGCCAGGGAGUAGGAGGUUCACGCUGCUAUCUUCUUGAUGUCCCUCCAGUCUCAAGGCCAUCCAUGGUGCACCAAAUGGAGUUCGAGCAUCCGAAGGAGAACGCCCAAGGCCUAGGAUUCCUAGUUCCACCCGAUGGAACUCCGUUUCUGCUAUCGACUGAUGUUGUUCCCUUCACUAACGCCGCUGCCGCUAGCUGUGACAAGUCCAUGUCCAAGCCUUGGAGCAAUGAGGAGGUGGCGACCUCCGAUUCCAAAGGUCGCAAUGAUCAAACGGGCUCUUGCAGGGAUGGUGGUGCCAAUUCAUGGUGGAGAAGCUCAUCUUUGGAGAAGGGCAAGGUGAAGGUAAGAAGGAAGAUGAGGGAGCCAAGGUUCUGCUUCCAAACGAGAAGCGAUGUGGAUGUGCUAGACGAUGGCUACAAGUGGAGAAAAUAUGGGCAAAAGGUUGUGAAGAAUAGCCUCCAUCCGAGAAGCUACUAUCGUUGCACUCAUAGCAAUUGCCGGGUGAAGAAAAGAGUCGAAAGAUUGUCCGAAGAUUGCCGGAUGGUCAUCACGACAUAUGAGGGCAGACACACUCAUUCUCCUUGUGACGAUGCGAGCUCUUCUGAACAUGAAUGUUUUAGCUCGUUUUAGGAACUCAGAUAUAGCUAGAUUGUGCUGCUAUGUGAGUUAUCAUCAGAAUUAAGCAUCGAGAGAACUACUUCCCCAAGUUGUCACAGAAAUGGUUAUUCCUUUCUAUAAAUGGUGCAUGUUACUGAAACCUCUAUGUCCAAGAGGAUCAAAGUCUGUCUUAUCAAGUGUCAGGUGUGAAAUGAUCUGUAAUAUAUAUUGCUU